AUGACUGUCUCCCCAGAACGAGCGAGCUCUCCAGCCAACGUGAACGGUCUAUUCGAUUACGAUGUUGGCCUCGAAGACAUCUUCCAGGGAGCGAACGAAUCCCAGGCCGAUAACGCUAAUGACAAACCGCAAAAUGGAGAUCCGUCGUCACUCGGGCUGGGUCUCGAUGAAGAGGUCAAGGUCACCAAGAAGCGCCAGCCAGUAGCGAAGCUGGAUGAGAAUCGUCUACUUUCACAGCUCGGUGUUCCCAAGCUGCGGCGGGCAGCGAAGCAGAAGCUUAAAUUCAAAGGAAAAGGACACGAGUUCUCUGACGCAGCUCGUCUGUUGAAUUUUUACCAGCUUUGGCUGGAUGACCUAUUCCCACGCGCAAAAUUUGCAGACGGCUUAGCUAUGAUUGAGAAACUCGGCCACUCCAAACGUAUCCAGACGAUGAGACGGGAAUGGAUUGAGGAAGAGAAGCCAAAGCUCUUUGCCGACACCGAAGUCACCCAGGAUGCAUUGAACAUUCGCGAGCUUCCCACCAGAAUUUCUUUCGAUCAGAACGGCCCAGUUGCUGAAGCUUUGUCACGGCCAGUGCAAGAUGGCUCGAAUGCACCUAAUGAGCAAUUAUUCAUUGCGGACCCAGAGGGGGAAAGUCGAUUACCAACCAGUAACCCCGAACCCGAUGACGAUGAUCUAGAAGACCUGCUCAGGGAACAAGAUGAUGAAAUGUCGGGAGCGGUUCAAUUGACGUCUCGGCCAGAAAAAGGUGAUCGGGAUGACUUUGACGCCGAGUACGAAGCUAUGAACGAACUUGGAUUGUAG